CCUUGUUGAUCUCCCAAACUACUCGCUCGCCCAAACCCGUCUCCUCCGAGUCCUCCAUGGCCAUGGCAACCCAAGCUUCCCUCUUCACCCCACCCGUCUCCUCCUCCACACUCUCUUCUUUCAAGAACCAAUCCGCCUUAUCCUUCUCCUUCAAACCCCUCACUUUCACAACCUCAUCGGCCAGAUCAGCCACAGUCAUCAGAGCAGCAGAAGAGAAAACAGAGGCUGCCCCUGUGACCAAGGAAAAAGAAGCACCCGCGGGGUUCACCCCACCGGAACUGGACCCCAACACUCCUUCUCCGAUCUUCGCCGGGAGCACAGGAGGGUUGCUGCGAAAGGCCCAGGUGGAGGAAUUCUACGUGAUCACAUGGGAUUCUCCAAAAGAACAGAUCUUCGAGAUGCCCACCGGUGGUGCGGCCAUCAUGAGGCAGGGCCCCAACCUGCUCAAGCUGGCUCGCAAGGAGCAGUGCUUGGCUCUUGGGACGAGGCUGAGGUCCAAGUACAAGAUCAAGUACCAGUUCUACAGGGUGUUCCCUAAUGGGGAGGUCCAGUAUUUGCAUCCCAAGGACGGGGUGUACCCUGAGAAGGUCAACCCCGGACGCCAAGGAGUUGGCCAGAACUAUAGGUCUAUUGGGAAGAAUGUUAGCCCUAUUGAGGUUAAGUUCACUGGUAAGCAAGUCUAUGAUAUAUGAGCUGUGUUUUCAGCUUGGCCUCAGGAUUGUGAAGCCCUGUAACUGUGUCUGUAUUUUCCCACUUUCUUCUGUUAAAACCUUAUAUUGGAAUCUUAAUUUGCCUUGGCUUGUACGUUGACCAAUUCUAUACGAUAGUAGUGAGACCGAACGCUGAUCGGUCUGUUUAUUUGACGAA